UUGAAGAGAAAUUUGGUUUUUUUUUAUGAAAAGUAUGCCUUGCCAAAUGUGUAAUCCUUAUUUGAAGGCGAGGGUCUACAAACAUCGUCAGUACGCUUCAUACUCGGUUCACGAGAACAUCGGAACUCGCUCUGAUUUUCUCGAUGAAAAUGGAGAAAAAACUAACGGAGCACAUGGUGGAAAACAUGUCCAGGUGCAAGGACUAUGCCAUGGUCUUGAAGUUGAAUUUCUCUGGCUGCGACAUCACUCUUUGCCUCAAGAUGCCGUACAUAGAGGUCCUUGCGCUCAGCAUGAACAAGAUCACUACUUUGAAAAGCCUGGUGAAUUUCACUGGACUGAAGGAGCUGUACUUACGCGAGAACGAGAUAGCAAGCUUUGAUGAGCUGAAACACCUGGCCAAUGCCAAAUCCCUAACAUCCCUCUGGCUGCUGGACAAUCCGUGCUCCAAUGCCGUUGGCUCCAAGUAUCGGGCAUCUGUGCUACGAAUACUGCCGAAUCUGAAGAAGCUGGACGACGUAGAUGUUUACGAAAAGGAGCUGGAUGCCGCUUUGCGGGACGAUUGCCUUUCGGAGGUACGGAGUGCGAUCCUUGAUCCUGUUUCGAAUUCGCGCAAUUGCAGUCCCAAAAACAUGGCAUAUCGCGAUAUGAUCGAACAGUGCGAUCGGGUUACAACUAGGAUUGAAAAAAAACUUAACGAGAUGCUCAAUUCGCUACGUCAAGAUGCGAUGACCCCACCCGACUAUCUGAUACCCAAUGUAUCCUCUGGGUUAAAAUUCCAUGCCGCUAAUUCCACUAAUUGCACAUCUUUGAAGGGGCACAGUCCCAGUUUGACGGCCGCUUUGUUCCUCAUCCGAGAUAUGGACGCAUCCCAACUGGAGAUUUUAGCCCUUGCCAUCUACGAACAGGUCAACCGACUUGUUGAUUGAUUUUCAAAAUUAAUUUUUGUAAGGUAGCUCUCCCUGAUGAUUAUUGACUACACAUCCAAAAUAUAACCAGUAUAUGAAAUAUAUAUCCAAUAUAUAUCCGGUAUAUCCGGAUAGACAUUGUA